AAAAGUCGAUCUUCAAGGAAACUUAAUCGCGCAUUGCACGGGGAUCGCAACAGUUAUAUCACAUCUGUCAAUAAACAUGGCUUUGAGACGAGCGCUGCAUUUUGUUUUCAAAGUUGGUGACAGGACCAAAACAGCCACGUUUUACCGAGACGUUCUGGGCAUGAAGAUUUUACGGCACGAAGAGUUUGAAGAAGGCUGCAAAGCAACUUGUAAUGGCCCUUACGACGGGAAGUGGAGCAAGACAAUGGUUGGCUUUGGUCCAGAAGAUGACCAUUUUGUUGCUGAACUGACAUACAACUAUGGAGUGGGAGAGUAUCAGCUCGGCAAUGACUUCUUGGGACUCACCCUGCAGUCGAGCCAAGCUGUGAGCAACGCUAAACGUCUUGGGUGGCCUCUCACUGAGGUGGGAGACGCUCUGUAUCUGACCCAGGCACCUGGAGGCUACCCCUUCUACCUCGUGGACAAAGAUCAGCCUCCUCAUGACCCUGUGCAGAAGGUUUGUCUCGGGGUGUCGGACCUCCAGAGAUCCACCCACUACUGGACUACUCUGUUAGGAAUGAAGUUGAUGGACAAGAAUGAGGAAAAGAAGACGGUGUUGAUGGGAUUCUCAGACAGUCAAUGUAAACUGGAGCUUCGUGAUAUCAGUGGAACAGUUGACCAUGGGACGGCGUUUGGGAGAAUAGCAUUUUCAUGCCCACGGGAUCAAUUGCCAGACCUCGAAGCCUUGAUGAAGAAGGAAAAUCAGAAAAUACUCACUCCAUUAGUCAGCCUGGAUACUCCUGGGAAAGCCACAGUAGAGGUGGUUAUAUUGGCUGACCCGGACGGCCAUGAGAUAUGUUUUGUGGGAGACGAGGCGUUUAGGCAGCUGUCUAUGGUGGACCCCAAAGGAAAUGAAUUACUCGACAAGGCUAUGGCUGAAGAUAAAAGUGACGAGUGGUUUGCAAAACACAACAAACAGAAGGCAGCCGCAUGAGAUGAAGUGGCUUGCUUGAGUAGCUCUGCACUGUCAGUGUCUCACAAGUUCAUACGAUGAUUGGAUGGCGUACAUGGCACCUGUAGUAUAAAUCUUCCUCUAGUGUCAACUCAAUUAUGCUCAGGCUGGCAGCGUGAGAUUUAUUUUCCCUGUGAAGCCAGCCAUUAGGCUCUGUGGCAUUGACAGUCCUUGAUAAGUGGUCCAAUAAGGUUUGCAAUAAAUAUGAUUCCUAUCGACAACAAGAAGAGAGAAGAAAAAGCAUUUACUGUUAUUGUAUGUAACAUUCAACGAGAUUUUUAGUAGGAGUGCUUAAAAAACAAUUGUAUUACAACAUAACAGUUUUGUAAUAAACUGCAGUUUGAUGAAGGUUAUGGCUUUCAGCAUCAUAAUGUGUUUUCAUGUUGAAAGCUGUGGUUCGAAUUUUAUUGCGCUGUAUAAUUUCAGUUAUAUCCGACAACCUCAUCUUAGUCAUACAGUUGAAUAUCUGUCUCAGCGUAAUAACACUACAGCUAAGAUUUAGUGCAGGACUGCUAUAUUAGAAUGCAUUCUUUUUCACUAGUGUACCUAAUGUUUUGGCAAGUGAGUUUAAAUCUGAUAAAGAAUUUAACAGAUUAUUUUUUUUUAGUUUAAUUCAAUAGAGUUUAACAGCACCACAAACUACGUCCUCCAGAAUGAUCACGCAGCUGAAUUAUUACCUUUCUGUUUUGACAUAAACUGAACUUUCACAAAAGGAAAGAUUUUUUGAAAAUGCAUUCAUUUUCUCAAGUGUACCUUGACUUGUAAUUGUUCAUCUAAUCAGUGAAAUGAGGUGUCAAAUUCUUCAGUCAUGUGACUGUGUCACACUCAGACUUUAUAAUGUCAAUAUUCUGGCUGAAAUAAAACUCAUCUCCAGGACUA